AUGGCUACCGUGCCGGACUCGGGGAAAGCCAGCAGUACGGCAAUCGCGGCGCCCCCGACGCGGGUGAUUCCGACCAAGGCUGUCACACCGUUGUACGCAUUCGCGGACGCAGCCGAGUUCGUUUUCCGGCUUGAGCAAGGCACUCUCAUCGAGAUGCACAAUGAAGAACAAGCUCUCAAGCGACUCAAUGAGAAGAGGGAUCCUUUCAAAAGUUGGAUUGUGGCCCCGAUACCCGGCUCAACAAACUCUUUCACGAAGACCUGGCUCUGCCUCGUCGAGUUACCGCCCAUGAGUGCCGACUUGGCGUUUCCUGCCAUAGCCGACCGAUUCUCCGUAAGCUUGGAGAGCACUGUUCAGCUACCUGAGGGAAACUUUAGCUUGGUGCACCUGCCCGCCACCAGGAUCACGAAUCCGUAUAGCAACCCCGAAAACUCUACCGACUCCAAGAUCAACGCCUUGGCCGCCUUCAGCGUUCAAGUGCCUCGAUCGUGGCAGAACAGCGACGGCGUCAACAUUGAAUUGGACCUCAUGGCCAACUUCCAGGCCGCGGCAUCCAUCAGCGACGUGUCAGGAAUAAUGUCCUCGGACAAACAUGUCCAAAUCAUGACCAUCCAAUGGGACACCUGCCCAUUGACGUUCGAGGCUGAGCUUGCGGCGCUCAAACAUCUCACGAAGGAGCAUCGCCUGGACGAGCUCAAGCCAAGCGACUCGUCUCUGCGAGCCUUUGAGAUGAUAAGAAACUUUGGCAACAGCGAUUGGCCACACUGGGUCGACCUGUUCCGCAAGUAUCCUCACUUGAAGAGCCCGUCCUACAUCGUCCACGGCACGCCGAAGCUCCUCAUCGAAAAGUUUGAGUCUUUUAACGCCGAUCACAAGAAGGCUUUCCACGGCUUGGCAGAGAUCAAGAAUGGCCUAUACUUUCUCACCGGCUGCCCGGGAGCGGGCAAGACGGAGUGGAACAUGGUCAUCUCGGCGCUGGUGCAGUCAAAGCGACGUCCUGGGUCCAGGCGUGAUUACAGUCCGAUUCUCUUUCUGGUGGACAUCAACAAGACCGUGGAUGAUGCCGCCAACCGCUACCAGUCCCUCUGCAAUGCUGCAGGUCUGCCUCUCCUGGUCAUUCGGAUGCAUGGCUUCCCGUACGAAAUGCGGAACAGCGCCAAACUCAACCAGGAGCACACGAAAUCAGGCGACAAAAGCACCGCAGACCUUGACUUCACCAAGAAGUUUCUGACUAUUGCCGGCCUUUCGCAACGUGCCUCAUCGCCCAAGGACUCCGGAAUAGCGCCAACCCUUGAUGAAGCAGCAUGGCAGUUCUUCGAACGCAACAAGGACUCUCGCUUCAAGUCCCUGAACAAAAUUCUUGUCACCAUGGAGAGCGGUGUGGCACUGGACACCAAAGACUAG